GGUUGUUAAGCAAACCCCCUUUAGAGAGUUGGGGAUGGUGUGAUCCAGGAAGCGGAGUAGUGCUGAAUAAAUCAGGUGACACGCUCCAUCUCCCUGUUUAGAUGGAACGAGCCUUGGAAGCUGGCUGCACAGAUACAGGAGGCAAAGCUUGAGCGUACAGUCUGGGGCUGGAGCCGCUGGGGGAAGAGACGCUGGCAACCGCAAGGGGACCUUUGCAUUUAGCAGCUGUGGAGAGGAGGAAGGAACAGCACCGGCCAUGGCUUCAAAUUUUAAUGAUAUAGUGAAGCAAGGAUAUGUGAAAAUCCGCAGCAGAAAGCUAGGGAUGUACAGAAGGUGUUGGCUGGUAUUUAAGAAAGCCUCCAGCAAAGGCCCUAGAAGGUUAGAGAAAUUUCCUGAUGAAAAGGCAGCUUAUUUCCGGAACAUGCACAAGGUAACUGAGCUGCACAGCAUCAGGAACAUAAGCAGGUUGCCCCGAGAGACAAAGAAACAUGCUGUGGCAAUUAUCUUUCAUGAUGAAACAUCAAAGACAUUUGCCUGUGAGUCAGAACUGGAAGCAGAGGAAUGGUGUAAGCUUCUUUCUGUUGAAUGCUUGGGAUCCAGACUCAAUGACAUCAGCUUUGGGGAGCCAGACCUGCUUGCAGCUGGAGUUCAAAGAGAACAAAACGAGCGGUUUAAUGUUUACUUGAUGCCAACACCAAACUUGGACAUUUAUGGCGAAUGCACCAUGCAGAUCACACAUGAAAACAUUUACCUGUGGGACAUCCACAACCCCAGAGUGAAACUUGUUAUGUGGCCACUCAGCUCUCUCAGACGGUAUGGAAGAGACUCAACUUGGUUCACUUUUGAGGCCGGCAGAAUGUGUGAUACAGGAGAGGGACUCUUUACAUUUCAGACACGGGAAGGAGAGAACAUCUACCAGAAGGUACAUUCAGCAACUCUGGCCAUCGCUGAACAGCAUGAGCAACUAAUGCUGGAAAUGGAAAAAAAAACACGGCUGCAGUCCAGUCCCAGCGAGGAGAUGGCACUCAUGACAAUAACACUCCCUCGAAGUGCGUACUGGCAUCACAUCACAAGGCAGAGCAGUGUCAGUGAACUCGACAGCUUACAAGGAAAUGAUUUAAACUUGACAAAGGUUCCUCGGGCACAGACCUUCCCUAGCUACAUCUCUGAACAGAGUCACGAGCACCAAUAUUUAUUAUCUCCGUCGAGUGGCUACGGAUCAAGUUACAGCUCUGGGCUGGCCCAGUGAUGUUCAUCAAACAAUGGGAAAGUGACUGUGAGCCGGGUCACACUGGUACGGGAGAACCCUGAAUAUACAACACAGGGAGGGUGAGGUCUAAAUACAGGUGAAACAAGACUCAGUCAGCUGUUACUGUACUUGAAGCAUUCGGGUGAUAAACUGAUGAUUCAUAGGCUUAAAAAGAAUUUGUUUUUAUAUUAGUCGGCUCCCACCUGCUAAUACUUACAUACCUCCUUGAGAAGUGGUAUUUGAUUUGAAAAUAAAAAUACCAUAUAGAAUAUUUUUUAAAAUCCUAUUGCUGCAAACAAAGCUUCUGUGUGUUUGUGAAGCACACUUGUUUGGAUAAGUCUAGAAGUGGUUGAGUCAAAUAGUCUUUAUCUGCCUCAGCUGUCUGUUAAUAUAAUUCAGGUGUUUAAGAUUCGGCCAAGCAAUUGCACAUAUUUAUCAAAUCAUCUUUGUAAGAAAGAAAAAUACCCUGGAAUCCUCUACUUCACCUGUGAUCAGCUCACAGGUUUGUUUGAGGCCAUUUUCUUUGUUUAUCAAGUUGAGUCUUCUCUGUGGAAUAAGGGCUCAAUUGUUUCUCGUUGGCAGUCUUUUCAGUGCCUGGGUCGGAGAGAAGCAAGGGGUUUCCAUGGAUAGUAAGUUUUUGUAAGAGAACCAUCCAGGUUGGAUAUACUGCUCGAAUAGUCCAACAGGAGAAACAAGAGAAAUGAAUGACUCGCUCAAUCACUUAACGACAAUUGAAAUUGCAGUAUAAGAAAAAUGAAACUGUCUCUGGUGGCAUAUUGGACAGGUUCUGCUCAAUCCUCCACAAACACGUGUUAAUAGUCAGGUAUCAAUCUCCUCUUAGAGGAAGCACUCAAAAGUACAUUGUGUAACUGCACCUUUUACCCAGUUGUACCUGUAAAGUUCUAAUUAAUUUAUUGAAAACACAUAUGCAACCUGAGAAACACAGACUGUUUUGCCAGCUUUUUCCCUGCACCAGAAGGGCCAUAUUAAGGUUUAGUGACCUUUCAGUGGCAAUUGAUUAUCAACCAAGAGCACAAGAUGGAUUUUCAGUUGCUCCAACGUUAAGCUCCAUCAGACAUAAAAUGUGAAACUUGAGGAAACUGGAGUUAAACCGGUCCUCCCAGGGAACAGAUGAAUUACAGCUCAUUAUUACUGCAAGAAAUGCAGAAAAUUCUGGAAGCACCCAGCAAUUCAAAAUUUAUUGGCAGACAUACUAGUUUCAAUAAAGGGUCUGCAUCUAAUGCUACUUGUCGGUCUCACUUCCAGCAACUUCUGCUUUUCUUCCCACACCUGUAGAAUUUUGUGGAUAGUUAUUGCUAACAUUUACAGUGAUUGGACAUACAUUAUCCUUUUUCAUCCCUCUGCAUAUACACAUUGAUUUUUGUCCAGAGGAAUACAGACUGGUGCACCCAAGCUACUCAAAUGAAACCAGAUUUCAGGAUUUCUGGGACAGCCUGAAAGAUGCAAAUUCAGGUAACGUGUGAAAUAUGCAAGCCAAUACUCUUUGCAAAUUAAGCCACACAACAGCAGUUUAAAUAUUAAUUUAAACUGAGAAGGUUGGCAUUAGACAAUCAAACUGUGAAUCAAGACAUUGCCUGAAGAAACUAUUCUUUGCAAGACAAAAUGAUCUCCUGAAUCACAAAGUGUAAUCUUACAAUGGCAUCCUACAAACUAACUUGCCCAACUGGCAAGCUUAUCCUUAGCAUGUGGUUGUAUUGUUAUUUCCCCUGUCAUUUUGGAUUUUCUUUUAAUAGUAAUACUCGUUCGUGUGUGUAUAUAGUGAAACAAAAUGAUUAUUGGGAAAAACUCUAACUCAGCGUUAGACUGCACAUGAUAUGAUGUGGAGUUUUGGACAGAAUUAGCUUUCUAAGGAGCCUGCCUGUCUGGUAAAAUGAAUUGCGACACAUCUUACUCACCAAGCCAAGCCAUGUAAUCAAGCUAUUUGUUUUUUUUUUGUAAAUAAAUACUGUUCGUAUGAGGAGGACGAGCAUACGUUACAAAGGCUUAUGACAAUGGUGAAGAGAUCAUCAUCAAUUUAAGUUUCAUUUAAUGUAGCAGUACCAAUUUCACUUCAGCUUUUGGACUGAGCAUUCUCUAUCAGAAAGAACAAAACAGCAUCCAGUCAUGUGGUGAAGAAAGAAUGAGGAAAUUUGGAUUAUGUCUUGAAAAAUGAUCAAGCGCCCUAUUCUAAGCCCACUUAGACCAAGCAACCAAAAUCAGUUAAGAUUGUCUCUAGUCAAGACCAGGAAUUAAAUACAAUAAAAUGUCAUGUUAAGAUGCAAGGAUGCUGUUGUUAAAACUAGUGGUCUGACUAUGAUAAAAAUGAAAAUCCAAGCUACUAAAUAGGGAUGUUUAGAUUAGCAAAAUUAAGAUGGAGUAAAUGCAGAUAUUUAUAAUCAGGAAUUACUAAUCUAAAAUGGUAUGUUCUGUGCGAGAUAAAAAGCACAAACCCAUUGUUAUAAAUGUGAGAAUAUGACCAGCAGAAUUUCAAGUAGAUUCAAUGCGAUUCUAUAAGACGAUUUUAUUGUCAGCCCCAAGAGUUACCAUCAAGCAUCUCUAUUGCUGCAAUGUUGAUCACAGAGUAUUAAAAUAUUCAAAGAAUUUUAGCCAAACUAGCAAGGCACUUAAAGCAACAGACUAACAAUGUCCUGGGAUGCUUUGGGAAAAAUUCAUGAAAAACAUUUAAAACUGUUUCUGAGAAAUUAAUAUUUGGCAAUGAUCUGGAGAAAGGAAAUAUUGGCCUAAUGAUGGCAAAUGUGCUGUUUAAGAACAGUAUUAUGGAUCAGGCUAGACCCUUCAGACAUUUCAAGAACAUAGCCCUGACCCUAAUUUUGUUAGUUGUUUUAAGCAGGUGUACAGUGGAUAUCCCAGGAGUGAUGCAGCUGGCCCAA